GGGGAUGUUACAAUGUAUAUCUACUGUCUGUUGGCAAAAGUUGCUUGUUUGCAUCCUCCAAAAUCAGGAUGCUGAUUAAACUAAAUUGCGUUCCAUAAUCGAGGUUCAAGUAAUGGAAUUACUCUGUCUUACUUUAUGAAUUUAGCCAAAUGACUAUGAUUUAGCCCUGCUUCGGCUGGCGGUGAGAGAUUGGGGGAGGGAGUUGGACGAGUGACAUAAGUGAAAAAGUUUAUCACUUUCUUUUACAGUGGUUGCCUUUCUGAGUUGCUGGCUGUCAGAAAGAAAACACUCGAAGAUGGCGCGGCGCUGCUGCCGUGCCACGUCUCGGUUUACAGGGGAAAUACAUACAAAUUUCAGAGAGUCAUUCAUAUCUACGAUUGUCCUAUUUGUGUGUUUAACUUUUCCUUUUACCACCGAAGCUGGCUUGUACACCGCUUCUGAUCAGAUAGUAAUCUUAACCCCGGAUAAUGUGGACAGCGUUUUGGUCAAUUCCACCGCCGCACUGGUGGUUGAGUUUUACGCCUCUUGGUGCGGGCAUUGUAUUGCAUUUUCUCCCGAAUGGAAACGUCUCGCAAGAGAUAUUAAAGAGUGGAAACCUGCUGUGGAUUUAGCUGCCAUAGACUGUGCUAAUGGAGAUAAUGGGCCAAUUUGUUCCCGUUUUGGUGUCAAGGGGUACCCAACACUGAAGUUCUUCCACGCUUACUCCAAACCUGACUCCAAGGGACAAGGUUUCAGAGAGGGUCCUCGUGAUGUGAGGGGCUUACGCCAUAAGAUCAUCGAGAAGAUGGAGACCCAUGAGGAGCCUUGGCCCCCUGCCUGCCCCCCUCUGGAGACCGCUAGCAAAGCAGAGAUUGACAACUUCUUUGAGACUAACGGUGUGGAACACCUGGCCUUGAUCUUUGAGACCUCUAACUCAUAUGUGGGCAGAGAGGUGACUCUGGACCUACUGCAGUAUGAGAACAUAGCCGUGCGGAGGGUCCUGAGGACUGAGGAAGCCCUGGUGGCUAAACUGGGUGUGACUGACUUCCCAUCCUGUUACCUGUACUAUCCUAGUGGGAACUUCACCAGGCUCCAUGUACAAAAUGAGGCCCGGACCUUCUACACCUACGCCCUGCAGAGGCUUCCUGGGGUACUGCGGGCCGGAAAUACACCACCAGUGACCUCUGACCUCUUGAAAAAUACAACAGAGGACCAAUGGAGACCGUUCAACGGGUCUCGUGUGUAUAUGGCAGACCUGGAGUCUACUCUGCAUUACUCUCUGCGCUUGGAGCUGGCAGCUCACCCUGUCAUCAAAGGAGAGGCUCUGAUCACUCUCCAGCGUUACAUCUCAGUACUGGCCAAGUACUUCCCUGGCCGACCUGUGGUGAGGAACCUGCUGAAGUCAGUGGACACGUGGCUGAAGGGUCAGAACGACACAGAGCUCUCUUACAGCUCUCUGAGGGACGCCCUGGACAACACAGCAGAGGUACCUAAUGCUGCGCUGCCUGAGGGGGUGAGGUGGGUGGGCUGCCAGGGCUCCAAGCCCCACUUCAGAAGGUACCCCUGUGGCAUGUGGACCCUUUUCCAUGUCCUCACUGUACAGGCCGAGGAAGCUGCUGGCAAAGACCCCCAGGAGGUGCUACAGGCAAUGAGGUCCUACGUCCACAGUUUUUUUGGCUGUCAGGCGUGUGCCACCCACUUUGAGAACAUGGCCAAGGAUAGCAUGUCCCAUGUGGGGACGCUGUCCACCGCCAUGCUGUGGCUCUGGUCCCGCCAUAACCACGUCAACAACAGACUGGCAGGUGCUCUGAGUGAGGAUCCCCACUUCCCUAAGAUCCAGUGGCCAUCCCCAGAGCUGUGUCCCAGCUGCCAUGGGGUUAAGAAGAGUGGAGAACACACCUGGAACCAGGAAGAGCUGCUCACCUUUCUCCGAUCCCACUUCUCUUCUGAACACCUCCUCUCUGACUACCUGGAGAAGGAGGCCCAGCUCCUCAGCAGGCAGAAGGAGAGCCUGGUCGCCAGGCAGCAGGAGAAGGAGCAGGAGACCAAGAGAGGAGCAGAGAGGAGGGCCAGGGAGGCCUUGGCCGAACCACCUCCAGGCCAGGAAGAGGAGGAGGAGGAGGAGGAGGAAGAUGAGGAAGAGGCUCAAGAAGAGCCAGCAGCAGAAGAGGAAGUGGAUCAGAGGGCAAGAGGAGAGCAUCUGGUGGGUAAGACCUUUGAACCCCCCACCUGGGUAAAGCCCGAGGCAGACGUGUCCCGCCAGUCCCAGCGCAGGCCCAGCAUUGUGGGGCUGAAGCUCAGGCCACCCCAGGAGGAGAUUGUGGACCUGGAUUCCUUCGUCAACCAGCACUACAAAGCCAAGGCCCUCCGCGCUGCAGCCGCAGGGUCCUCCCGCGUCAAACGCAGGACCCUGCAGAGGCAGGAGGAGCCGCAGCCUGGAGCCGGUCUGGAAAAGGGGCCGGGGCUGGGGCUGGGGGUGCAGCCCGUGGAGCCGGAGGACUUGUUGGGGCAGCGCAACACUCUGCAGAAAAGGAUCCUGACGGGCCAGUACACUGGGUCAGAGGAGGAGGGGGCUCUGGAGAUGUACCCCCACCCUAACAAGAGGCGCUGGAUGUCCUUCCUGAGUGUGGGCUUCUCCAGACUGGACAUCAGCCUGUGUGUGCUCCUCUACUUCCUGUCCUCCAUGUGUCUGCUGGCCAUGUACCUCUUCUUCAAGAACCGCCUGCGGCUGCGCCGGGCCAAGGUGGCUCUGCCCUGAGUCAACUCUGCCUUGCUGUGCUACUGUAGAUUUACCCAUACAUGUGACAGUGAUGCUGUGGUCAGUUCUUAAACCAUCCAAGUGAAGGAUCCGUAAUGUUCCGCAUUAAUGGAUUGCUUUGUGGUGCAUGCUUCCGGGAUAAUAAUUUAUGACGAUUUAUGCAUUUUAUUUGUGCCUUUUUGACCACUUGUGAAGGAUUAAUUAAAACUCGAGGAAAUUAAUGUGAUUUUGGUGAUUUUUUUUUUUUUUGUGGAUACAACAAAAGGGUUGUUGUUGAUAUUUAUUGUAAUUUUUAGGCUAUGUAUAAAGCCAUAUUAUAAAUGAAUUCAUGUGAAAAGGAAUCACUACAUAGUUUUAUGGAUAGUAAUUCAAUAUAAAAGACAAAGCUCUUUCUCUUACUGUUACUUCCACCUCUUCCAAAGAGUUCAAUAAGCUAUGUACUCUCACAACUGUAGAGAACCAUUUCAUAUUCUUAGAAUGAAAUCAAUCUUCUAUUCAAAAAUGUGAUUUUUACAAUGAGAAAUUGGCCUCGAAUGAAAUGUUGUAUUAACAGUGCCUGAAGGAUGAUUAUCCAUAUUAAUUUUAGCAUUAAGCAAGUGAAUGUUUCCAAAUAAACAAAGAUGCCAUAUGACAACAGUCUGUGGUCAGAAUUGUAGUGCUCAGUGUUCACACUAUAGAAUUAGCUCUAAUUCUAUGAUUCACACACAUUCCGUUCCACAGUGGUCUGUGUUGACUGACCAUGCUAUGCUAUUGGCUAGGACAUCUUACAUGUCCCAAUUAGCUUUGCACAAUAGAGUUGAGACAUUAAUGAAAUGUUUUGGAGCAGCACUAGUUAACAGGAUACAAAAUAAGGAGGAUUGGGGUUUUGGCUCAUGCCCAUUACAUAAAACUUACUGGUCUCAAUCAACUUGAGACACUGUGUUUUGCUUUGCUUAUCUCAAUCAAUAAAAUUAUUUUUGCUAAAAUUGUG